UCCUGUGUUUGAGACUCAGUCGAGAGAGAGAAGAGAGAGACAGAGGGGGAGGCUGGUUCCUGAUACCGAGACACGGAAAGGCAGAGGCAGGGGAGGGCGAGAGAAAAGAAAAGAGAGGAAGACAGAUAACAGGGGAAUUACAUACAUACAGGCAAACCUACAAACGCAGGGACAAGAAGCAGAGAAAUAAAAAAUACAGCCUCCCUCAUUGUCACACCAAAUUGGAGCCAAGCAACGACAUAUACCCCAGAUCCAUGGGUUAACAGAAUCAUCAGGAGGAAAACCCACCAGAUUGUCAAAUGAAUAACAGGAAGGAAGAUAUGGAGAUCACGUCCCACUACCGACAGCUUCUUCGGGAGCUGAACGAGCAGCGGCAGCAUGGAAUUCUCUGUGAUGUGUGCAUCAUCGUGGAGGGAAAGAUCUUCAAGGCUCACAAGAACGUGCUGCUAGGGAGCAGCCGAUACUUCAAGACCCUGUAUUGUCAGGUGAAGAAGACCUCAGACCAGGCCACCAUCACACACUUAGACAUUGUGACUGCACAGGGCUUCAAAACCAUCUUGGACUUCAUGUAUUCUGCCCACUUGGCCCUGACGAGCAAAAACGUCAUUGAGGUGAUGUCCGCAGCGAGCUACCUGCAGAUGACGGAUAUCGUGCAGGCUUGUCACAAUUUCAUCAAGGCAGCCCUCGACAUCAGCAUCCGCUCUGAGCUGUCCGACGAGCUGGCGGACUUUGACAUGAGCGCCCCCCCUGGUGGCAGCAGCAGCGCGGAGGCCUUGGCGUCCAUGAUGUCGGGCAGGAGUACCUCCCCGUGGCUGGCGCGGAAAACCAGCCCGGCGAACUCCUCCGGCGACUCGGCCAUCGCGAGCUGCCACGAAGGGGGAAGCACGUACGGCAAGGAGGAUCAGGAGCCCAAAAGCGACAGCCACGACGACAUUUCCUCCCAGUCCUUGUGGUCCAGCGAUUUCCGAUCUGUACAGGUCAAAGAGGAGCAGGUUUCCCCCUCUAACUUCUGUAAAGACGGCGCUAAUGUGGGCCAGAACGCUUUAGGAGAGCAGGCCAAUGGUGACAGCUGGCAGCCCUCAGGGCGCAGGAAGAACCGGAAAAAUAAGGACACUGUUCGGCACAUCACACAACAGGUGGAGGAUGACAGUAGGGCUGGCUCACCAUUGCCAUCCAUUCUGUCUGCUUGGAACUACAACAACCAAGACAUUUCAGGUCCAGAUGUGGCGGAGCCCAGCAGCUCAGACAGCCGAGGGGACCGCUUGGAUUUCUUUGUGAAGCAGGAAGAGAGCUUGUUGGGAGACUCCAGUUACCUCUCGCAGUCUCUGGGCUCUGAGAAAGAAGACGUAUCAAGCCAGGCAGCCUCUGUGGCCAACCUACGGGCGGCGCUCAUGAGCAAAAACAGUCUUUUGUCACUGCGAGCGGAAAUGCUUGGAGAGGACAACCCAUUGCUUUUCGACUACUUGCCCAAAGGUGGACACUCUUUGUCUCUGAACGAGUUCACCGUGAUCAGGAAGAAGUUCAAGUGCCCAUACUGCAGCUUCUCAGCCAUGCACCAGUGUAUCCUCAAGAGACACAUGCGCUCCCACACAGGAGAGAGGCCCUACCCCUGUGAGAUCUGUGGGAAGAAGUUUACUCGCAGGGAACAUAUGAAGAGACACACAUUGGUGCACAGCAAAGAUAAGAAAUACGUGUGCAAGGUGUGCAGCCGCGUCUUCAUGUCGGCCGCCAGCGUGGGCAUCAAGCACGGCUCCAGGCGCCACGGGGUGUGCGCCGACUGCUCGGGCCGCGGCAUGUCCGCCCUUUUGGACCAAAAUGGGGGGGAGGGCUCCCCGGAAGAUGAGCUCUACCCGGGGGAGAACCAGUUCGCGGACGACCCCGACGACCUCAAGGCAGACGGGGACGAGGAGAUGGGGGACGCGGACGCGGAGGGGGAGGGAGAGGGGGAGGGGGAAGAGGACGGCAAGUGGAAAGACGACUCAGGAAUGUCUCACCAGGACGUCAUUUUAGACGAUGAGAAGGAGGAGAGCGACUCUGCACAAGAACCCGAAAACCAGGGAGGGAGCGACAAAGAUUUUGCUUGGAUUUCUUAGUCCAUUUCGUUGGUUUUUUUUAAUAAGUGAAAAAUGAGAAUAGCCUUCUACCUUCUUUAGAUAUGACAAUUUUAAACCGUUACAGUACCAAUAUUCACUCGUGCACAUUUUCUUAUGUUAUGGGUCUGAAAAAUGAGAGGGAAUUUGGGGUUUUUUUCUGUUCACGUAGUUGGAGAUCACGUCUAGUCUUUUGAAAUUUAGACAUUUUGGAGCUGGAGGUUUAAAAUGUCAUCUGUAAUCUUAAGGCAUUGGCUUGUAAUGUUUAUAUUCGUGGCAAAGUAUCAACAGUUUGAACAGAAACAAGUGCUGUCUUCUUGCUAAUUUGUCAGGUGGCACAGUAAGAUGUACUGUUUCUAUUCCAGAACAGCAGGCUUCAGAUAAUUCACAGCAGUUUAGCAGAUGGCAAAAACUACCACGGAUUUGCACUUUAAUGUUGACCUGAUUCCUAUCGAAUGCCCUAAUUUGAGUGGUUUACAUGUUUUCUUAUUUUCAAACACGUUGGUGACCGCCCUACCUUUAAUGACACAUGUCCACAUGACUGUUAUUACUUGUACAAAGUUGCAACUAAGGUAUGCCUUUCUUAACUCGUUUGCCACUUGUUUUUACAUUUUUUUCUCUUACAUUUUAUUAAAGCUCUGUAUGAAACCUUGAAAAAAACCAAUUGUGGCUGAAAAAAACAACAACAGGAUUUUUGCUUGUAGUUGGAAGUGUGUGUGAAGAAAGAUGGCAAUGCUAUGCAGAAGUUCAUUCGGAACUUCACUGUUCACGCCGUGACUUUGCCAGCUCUUCAGCACAGUGGCCCACAUCUCCUUGUAGGUGACCACUCGGCCCGGCCCGGCCCUUUUUUAGCCAUUUCAAAGUCGAAGAAGGAAAACCUGAUUCUGAAGGUCUGUUCAGAAGGGGAACACUUGUACUUUUCCAUUCCUCCUUCCAAGGGCUCAAUUUAGAUUUUGGGAGACUUGCUCCUGAGUUAAGAGGCUGCUUAAUGAGUGGGGGAAGUCGCAUGGUGUACGCUUAAGGCCUGUACAGAAAGGCCCGUCUUAAUCAAAUAUGAGCAAAAGUCUUGUGAACGUUGGACUGCCUUCAAAACUCGCACACUUUUUUCUCAAGCUGUUUCAGCUUUAUUUCUUAAUCUGUGUUUUGUCAGUAAAAUGUAUUUACUUGACGUGCUAGGAUUCCUAGGACCUGUUAUUUUGUAAAGGGUGUUUUUCUAGCCUUUAUUUUAUAUUGAAAGCUAAUCUUAUUUCACCUUUAUUUCAUAUAAUAAACCACACCCAUUUACACUUUAGGAACCUAGCUAUUUUCAUCUAUUUUAUUUUUACCAGACUCACUCUUGAAGUUCUUUAGUAGUAAAUUGGGCUGCUUCGCUUAGAGUCAAUGAGGAAAGUGACCUGUGUUUAAUAUGAAUUUUGACAGAUUAUUUUUGUUGAGAGGUUAUUUAUUGAAAGUUGUUUUUAGUGGAUUUACUGUUUUAUAAAACAUUCCUUCCAUUCUGUCCGAUCAGUCCUCAAGGCACAAAUAGCAGUUUGUUUGUUUUUUUUUAAAUUGCAUUUGUGCCUGGGUGUUUUAUCUUUGGAGUGAGAGUGGUUUGAUUUGUUAAGUGCUGGAAGCUGAGCUUUAUUAUGUGUUUCAUUUAAAUAUUUUAUAUAUAUAAAAAGCUUUUAUACUUUGCCUUGUUGUGGACAGCAAGCCACGUGGCUUUCAGAACAUUUUUCAGAUUAUUGUGCCAGUUCUGUGCUUUUUAUUAUUAAUAUUUUGUUUUGUUUUGCAAAGAAAGCAAAAAUCAGAGAAGCUAACUUAUUUGUUAUAUAUUGUUCAAAAGUUAUAUAUAGCACAUGCUUCUAUAUUACUAACGUACACUAAAUAAUGAAUAUUAUACCAAAAAUAAUCUAAUAUACGUUGUAUACAUUAAGUGCUUUUUUUUCUACAGGUGGUGUGCAGGUUCAAAGCUUUGAAUUAUUGUUUUUUUUUCAUUUUAAGAAUGGAUAUAUUGUUAUUGAUAUGAAGGGUAUCGUAUAUGGUAGAUAAUUUCGUAUAUAUAUCCGCUUUAAAUUCCAGAAAACAUUCUUGUACAAAUUCCAAGUUAUUGAUUACACGGUGUGCUCUACUGUAUGAUAUUGCAUUUGCUUUUAGGAAUACGUAAAAUGUAAAGGCAAGAGGACGAAUUCCAUUUUUAUGUGAACAUUAUUUGCUUUAAUAUGAUUUUUUUUAUUGUUGCAGAUUUGGCUUUAUUUAUUGUUUUUUUUUUUAAUUUUUUUAUAUCUCUAAAAAUAAAAACCCUUUUGAAAGACAAUGAAGUCAUUUGAAUAAUCCCUGUAGACAAUUCUGGGUUUUUCCAACAAAAAAAUGUAAUAAUAAAAAUGUCUUUUUCUCUGUACCCCAGCAGGAUCUAGUUAAAGUAAAGCCUACUAUUUAGACGUACAGUACAGCACUACUCUAGAUAGAAAGGUGAAGAUUUGUCACAAUCCUAUUGAUUGUGACUAAAAACUGCAAGGACAGAUUUUAGAAAACAUAGUUUGUGUCACUUGCCCUCAAAGGAUUAAAAUAAUCCUUCUUUAAGGAACUUUGCCUUCAGCCUUUUAAGUGUGCCUAAAUUAUAGUAAAAAGUGUAAGGAGCUCAGUUUUGAUCGAAGGGAAUUUUACCAUACAUCCAGUUGGAAUUUUUUAAACCUUUUUUAAAAACAAGGAAAUUACCCAAAUGUUCACAAAGAAGGAUAUGUGUAACAAAUGUUUUUCUUUUCAGAAGAACAGCUAUACAUUUUUAUAAUUUUGACACCUUGUUUUAUAGGAUUUUUAUAUUGAUGGAUUAUUGUUUUGGUUGUUGGGGUCUCCUAACAGCAUUUUGUUAAUUUCUUAUACCAAAGCUGUGGUGAAAUAUCUGCACACCUCUGUUUUAUUUUAGAAAAUGCAAAACUGGAACAAUUUGCAAUAUUUAAAAAAAGAAAAUCAAAACCUAAUUUUAGCCUGUUUAGCUUGAUAUGUGCAAAUCUUGAAGCCAUAUGUAUGGUUACUUUCUAGAUUAUAUUUCAAAUUCCUACUUUUUAUUUUAGAUUUUGAUCUUACUAAGAGUGCUGUGUGUAUACUUUCAUAUAUAUUAUUUAUUUUUUCGACAUGAUUCAACUUGUCUUUUUGUUUAAAAGGACAGUGCUUGAAGGUGUUGAAGCUCUCUGUGGGGGAUAUUGUUCUAUAUGAUACUGACUUUAUAGUAAUUAUUAUAAACCUGUGUUUGUAAUGCAGAUGUGUUGAAUAAUUGAAAACAAAUUUAGUAAUCACAAUAGUGGGAGAAGAUAACAGUGCGUUGUACUGAUUUUCUGUAUAUGAUAGUACUGAUAAUUUUACCUGUUUUCUAGUUGAAUCAUAAAAAUUCCUGUACCUUUUUAGGCAUUCCUGAGGUAUGCCUAUGUUUAUUCUUAACUUCAUAUUAGUGGGAUUAGCUUGACUAUACUCGCAAAACCAAUCAGUCUCAAUAAAUUUGGAAAUUGCUGCUGAAAAAUAA